CAUUGUUCUCGUAUUAACUAAGCAAAAGGAAAACAUUUGUUUAGAAGAUUUUGGAUGCGGAUUUGCUAACCAAACGAGUUUCCAGGCAGCCAAUUCUACAUAGAUGGAAUCGAAAGAUUAACGCAGACGAAAGCCAUCAAAAUGGGAAAACCAGGUGGCAUUUUGGGGGAGUUGAUUGUAUCCAAGUUCAAUCUACCAACAGGAAGUCGCGUCUUAAUGGUUGGCGAUAAUAUUCACUCAGACAUUCAGUUCGGAAUUAACUCUGGUUUUAAGACCCUUUUAGUUCUGUCGGGAGUUACUAAACAGGAGCAAGUGGCUCAAUGGGAUGCUGCCGAAGAGCUGAAACCCGACUUUGUCGGCAGAAGUAUAGCAGAUUUGCAUGAGAAGAUUCGAAAUAUGUAAUUGCGGAAGGCUUCAGUGGAAUUUUUGAUAAAAUAACGUCGUGGUAUUAUUAUAAAAAAGGCUGAUUGGGCCGAAACAGUUAAUUUUCUAAGCUGAAUCCCCAGCAGAUUUACAAAAUAUUUACAUUAAAAACAAGCAUUUUUUGAUAAUUUAACUCAUACUGAUUUUUGCACGUCCUCAUUGUCUUCAGCAAUAACUACAAAAUUACAAAUAGAGGGUACAGGGAAAACGCUAAUUUUUACAUGCACAUAUUACAGAAAAAUAAACGGGACGCAAAACAUAAAA